CCAAUUCAUUUCCAGACUUUGCACUUCAGAAGCAAUGGGAAAAAUCAGCAGUCUUCCAACCCAAUUAUUUAAGUGCUGCUUUUGUGAUUUCUUGAAGGUAAAGAUGCACAUCACGCCCUCCUCGCAUCUCUUCUACUUGGCCCUGUUCUUGCUCACCUUCACCAGCUCUGCCACGGCUGGACCCGAGACCCUCUGUGGGGCUGAGUUGGUGGACGCCCUUCAGUUCGUGUGCGGAGACAGGGGCUUUUAUUUCAACAAGCCCACGGGGUAUGGCUCGAGCAGUCGGAGGGCGCCUCAGACAGGAAUCGUGGAUGAAUGCUGCUUCCGGAGCUGUGAUCUGAGGAGGCUGGAGAUGUACUGCGCGCCUCUCAAGCCUGCCAAGUCGGCCCGCUCUGUCCGUGCCCAGCGCCACACCGACAUGCCCAAGGCUCAGAAGGAAGUACAUUUGAAGAACACAAGUAGAGGGAGUGCAGGAAACAAGAACUACAGAAUGUAGGAAGACCUUCCUGAAGAGUGAAGAAUGACAUGCCACUGGCAGGAUCCUUUGCUCUGCACGAGUUACCUGUUAAACACCAGAAGACCUACCAAAAAAAAAUAAGUUUGAUAACAUUUCA